AUGGGCUUGACGAAGCCCAUAUUCCUUCAUCCCUCGUCUGCAGCGCUUCAAAUCGAUCGUUUCUUCCUACGCAGGCUCUUAAAUCUUGUAAAAACCCUAGAGAUGGAGUGGAAUCCACAAACCCUACAGUUUCUGUCCCAAUCUUUCCUUGGUACACUCUCCCCUCAACCAGAACCCCGCCGCCGCGCUGAGAAAAACUUGUCCGACGCCGCCGAUAAUCCUAACUACGGCCUUGCCGUUCUUCGUCUCGUUGCUGAACCUUCCGUUGACGAGCAGAUCCGCCAAUGCGCCGCUGUUAACUUCAAGAACCAUCUUAAAACCCGGUGGAUGCCUUCAUCCGCUACUCCUAUUCCCGAUAGUGAAAAAGAGCAGAUUAAGACUCUAAUAGUGCCUCUCAUGCUCUCAGCUACCCCGAGAAUCCAGGCUCAGCUUAGCGAAGCCCUAGCUGUGAUUGGGAACCAUGAUUUCCCUAGGUUGUGGCCGGCUUUGCUUCCCGAGCUUAAGGCAAGUCUUGAAACGGCUAUCAACGCGAAUGAUUUUGCUUCAGUUAAUGGUAUUCUUGCUACUGUAAAUUCUUUGUUUAAAAAAUUUCGGUAUCAGUUUAAGAGUGAUCCCCUACUGCUUGAUUUGAAAUACUGCUUGGAUAACUUUGCUGCACCAUUGUCGAGUACUGUUGUGAGUAUUUCGGGCAAGAUAAACGAGGCUGCUGGGUCUGCUGCAACACUCCGUCAGUUGAUUGAAGCACAGAGGAUCUGUUUUAGGAUUUUUUAUUCGCUCAACUUUUUGGAUUUGCCAGAGUAUUUUGAGGAUAAUGCAGAUAAAUGGAUGAAAGAGUUUAAGAAUUAUCUGACUGUGAGGUAUCCAGCUAUAGAGGAUAUGGGUACAGAUGGUGUUUCAGUUGUUGAUGAGCUACGAGCAGCUGUGUGUGAAAAUAUAAGCCAUUACAUGGAGAAAGAGGAGGAACUGUUCCAAAAGUACUUAAAAGAGUUUGUAGAAGCUGUUUGGAGUCUCCUUGUAGUUGCAUCAGCAUCACCCAGCCGUGAACGGCUGACUGUGACUGCCAUCAAGUUUUUGACGAUUGUCAGCACAAGUGUACACCAUGAAUUGUUUGCUGGUGACGAGAUAUUGCAGCAGAUUACUCAGAGUAUUGUUAUUCCGAAUGUGAUGUUAAGGGAUGAGGAUGAAGAGCUGUUUGAGAUGAAUUAUGUGGAGUUUAUUAGGAGAGACAUGGAAGGGAGUGACCUUGAUACAAGAAGGAGAAUUGCGUGUGAGCUUCUCAAGGGUAUUGCUGGAAACUACAAACAGAAGAUCACAGAGAGGGUCUCAACACAGAUACACAAUUGUUUGGCAAUGUUUGGUGAAAACCCAGCUGGUAACUGGAAGUAUAAAGACUGUGCCAUUUACUUGGUUGUCUCUCUUGCCACAAAAAAGGCAGGUGGUGCUUCAAUCUCAACCGAUCUUGUUGAUGUUGAAAGUUUCUUCAGAUCAGUUAUUGUCCCGGAGCUACAGGGACAAGAUGUGAAUGCUUUCCCAAUGUUGAAGGCAGGCGCAUUGAAGUUUUUCACAAUGUUCCGUGUGUUGAUCCCUAAACCCAUUGCCAUGGCUCUCGUUGGUGAUGUGGUGAGGUUUCUCGGUUCGGAUGUGAACGUGGUCCACUCGUAUGCCGCCACCUGUAUCGAGAAGCUUUUGCUUGUGAAAGACAACAAUGGGGUGCAUUCACAGGCAAGAUACACGUCAGGGGACAUCGGUCCCAUUCUUCCGGUUUUGAUGACAAAUCUUUUUGGUGCAUUGGAGAAGCCGGAAUCAGAGGAGAAUCAGUAUAUAAUGAGGUGUAUCAUGCGGGUUCUUCAGGUUGCUGAUAUAUCCCCGGAGGUGGCGUCACCCUCCAUCACCGGGUUGACCUCGAUUCUAAACAGGGUGUGUGAGAACCCGAAGAACCCAGUGUUCAACCAUUGUCUGUUUGAGGCGGUUGCUACGCUGGUGCGAAGAGCAUGUGAAAAGACCCCGUCUCUUGUUCCAGCCUUUGAAAGCUGCCUUUUACCGAGCCUCCAGAUGAUCUUGGCUAAAGAUGUGACGGAGUUCUUCCCUUACGCGUUCCAGCUGUUGGCUCAGCUUGUGGAUUUAAGCAGGCCUCCUGUCCCUGCACACUACAUGCAGAUAUUUGACAUCCUGUUGACGCCCGAUCUGUGGAAAAAGUCUGCAAACGUCCCGGCCCUCGUUCGUUUGCUCCAGUCGUUUCUCCAGCAGGCACCCAACGAGCUCAACAGGGAAGGGAGAUUAAGAAAUGUUCUUGGGAUAUUCAACAGGCUCGUGUCCUCACCCAGCACCGAGGAGCAAGGAUUUCAUAUCCUUAACCCGGUGAUUGAGAAUCUUGGGUAUGAUGUCAUGGCGGAAUACAUGAACCACAUCUGGGCUUCCUUGUUUACCCGCCUCCAGAAUAGCAAAACCCCAAGACUUGUUAGGUGUCUGAUCAUCUUUAUGUCUCUGUUCCUGGUGAAGCAUGGGAUCCAAACUCUUGUGGACUCCAUAAAUUCUGUUCAGGCGAAUCUGUUUCAUGUGAUCCUGGGCCAGUUUUGGAUACCUAGUCUGAAGACCAUAACCGGCUACACGGAGGUGAAGCUGAGUGCAGUAGCAUCAAGCAAACUGCUGUGUGAAUCGGCAUCCCUGUUGGAUCCUGCAGCGGAGGAGCUGUGGGGGAGGUUGCUGGAUGGUAUUGUCACUCUUCUGUCCCUGCCAGAGGAGGAAAGAGUUGAGGAUGAACCCGAAGUUCCUGAUUUUGGUGGGGAGGCAACUACCGGUUAUCAGGCCACUUUUGUUCGUCUUCACAAUGCUGGUUCCCCCCACUUAUUACCAAAUAUCUUUCUCCUGCUAAUCAAGCUGCCCUUGCUCACCUAUGCAAUUCCUACAAUCUUGCUAUACUAUAAAGACACAGGAUGUGAUAUGUGGAUGUGGAUGUGGAUGGAGCGUGGGAUUUCAUACAGUUUUGAACUUGUUUUGUUAAAUAGCAGCAGGUGACAUAUAUAUAAUAUAUAAUAUAUAUGGUGAAAUCCACAUUUUGGCAAGACCAGGAGUGUUUUCUUUUCUUUUCUUUUUCUUUUAUGUCAUGUCAUGUGUUGUGUUGUGUUGUGUUGUGUGUAACCAAAGUCAUUGAUUCAGGUAUUAUAUGAAUGAAUACCAAGCAAGGUUUCUUGUUCCUCAACAUCCUAUCGUAUUUUUCAUUUUCCCUAAAUUUUUAUAUACAAACCCAUCA